AUGAACCCUGACGGAGCAGAAGCAAUUAAAGUCGAUGCAAUUGUCAAAUACGUCUACGAAACCCUUGUGCCUUUCGUCAGCCAGCUAGUCAUCCCCACCUUCAUGGGCCAACCCGAAAAUGUUGAAGAAGAAACAAUUGAAAACGCAAAGAUCGCGGGAUACAGCUAUUUCACCGAACUUCUCGGCGAGAACGAAUAUCUCACCGGCGCAAAUAUGACCUGGGUUGACUUUCUCGUUUACGGUUUGUUGAUUCAGAUGGAAUUGCAUCCAAAAUUCAAAUAUGAAGAAAAUGAGAAAUUGAACAAAUGGUACACGAGAAUUCAAGCUUUGCCGUUUUUUCACAUUGUCCAUAAAGGUCGAGAAGUUUUUUGA